CGAGCUCAAGCCGCCGCCGCCGCUGCCACCGCUGCGCCCGCUGCUUCUUGACUUCGCACAACGACAUGCUAGCGGUCGAAGGAGCCCGUCAUGCUGUGAGGGCGCCACUGCGGCGGCAUUGCUUACAGCUGCGACGGCAGUCCACUUCAACACGCCCGCAAGUCUACGUCUCGCGCUCCCACUCUCCCCUCUUCAACCUCAGCAUAGAAGAACACCUGCUCCGCACCACUGCACCCACAACCCCUCUCCUCUUCAUCUACCGCAACUCCCCCUGCAUAGUCCUCGGGCGCAAUCAGAAUCACUGGAAGGAGCUGAACGUAGGAGCGAUGCAGGAACGUCAUUUGCCGCUGAUCAGGCGAAGAAGUGGCGGAGGAGCGGUGUACCACGAUUUGGGGAACACUAACUUCUCGCUGCAUGUUGCGCGAGAGCGAUUUGAGAGGAGAAUGGGGGCGGAGAUGAUUGCUAGGGCGCUGAAUGGGCCCGGAGUGGGGCUCAGGACGCUGAGAAGCGAUGAGGCCUCGCCCCCUGCAGAACGGUUUGCCAUAGGGCAAGGCAGCCCUGAAGGGGCGUACGUCAAUGAGCGACACGACUUGGUAGUCAGGGUGGUCGACCAAGCUGCUUCCUCAGGGUCGCACGAGUCGCACUGGGCAGAACGCAAGAUUUCCGGCUCAGCCUUCAAGAUCCUCACGCACCGAGCGUAUCACCACGGCACGAUGCUCCUCUCCUCUGACCUCUCAGCGUUGGGCUCCUCCCUGCGCAACGUAAAGACCAACGCCAUGAAGUCCAAGGGGGUGGAGAGCGUCAAGAGCCCCGUGGUAAAUUUGAGUGCCGCCUAUCCCUCUGCAGCCAAACAAGGACGACUGGACCACGAGAAAUUCACACGUGCGGUCGUGCGCGAGUUCUGGAACACGUACGAUGCAGAGAGUGGGAGAGAUGAAGCGCGAGGGGGCAGUGUGCUGGAGGAGUUGGGCAGAGGAUGGGUGGACGUGCAUGAGGAUCUGCCCCUCGCCAAGGAGCCGGAGAGGGUCAAGCUGGAGAAGCUGCUUGGAGAGUGGGAUUGGAUAUAUGCGUCUUGCCCGGAAUUCGAGGUGGUUAUCCAAGCAAGAGAGUACAAGGGCAAAGGCCGACUGAGGGAGCUAGGAUUGGGUGAGGGGGCAGCGUUGAAGGUGCAUUGCAAGAAUGGCAUCGUAUUGAAUGCCGAGAUGGAAGGUGGAGAUGGCGACGAAUGGGAGCAGGUCGUCAAGGGUAUUGUCGGCCAGCGCUACGAUACGUUUGCAGAAUGCCCGCCGAUGCCAGGGGGGUCGGCGUGCGCGAGGGAGGAAGUGAGUGGGGAUGCGAGGCGGCGCAGGGCGAUCGAGGCGUUGGGUGAGCAUGAUCAGCAAAUCAAGACGGCGCUUGUCGAGUGGCUUCACGAGGCCUUGUAGAGCAUCAAGCAAGUACAGCAAAUGUAAUAUCACACAGAAGUCAUUGGCAU